CCCCUUUCCAGUUCCACUCUCAACCGAAAAUUUCAGUAUCUUUCAGAAAUCUCUUAGCUUCUCUUCUUUUUUCUUUUUCAUCCCUGAAAUUUUUAUAGGUUUUUCAUUUAUUGGAUAUGGAAAGUAGCAGUGAAGUGUCGAGUGCGCUUCAAUAUAUCGAACAAUAUUUACUUGAUGAAAAUCAAUUUACUCCUGCGGGAUUGGGGAGCUUUUCAACUGCAAAUCAAUGGAUAAAUGAACCGAUACCCGAGGUUUCCACCUCUCCGUCUCAGUCUCUUUGCUCUCAAACUUCCACCUCUGGUUCCUGUCUUACGCUAUCCAAUUUUAAUUGCCUCGACGACGAUGAUUUCUUCAACUUCUCUCCCAAUUUCCCAGGUUUCGAGUCUAACCGAAUUGAUGUUUUUCAAUUUGACUCGAAACCUCAAUUUAUCAAUCUAACCGCUCCUAAGCCCUUUGAAUUUACACCUCAAAUCACUGAACUUUCAGCUGUAAAACCUCCAACUCCUUCGAGUUCGAGUUCCAGCUCUCAUAAUCGAAAACCGUCGCUCAAAAUAUCGUUACCGCAUAAAGUAGAGUGGAUUCAAUUCCGCAAACCGGAUUCAACUAAGGCACAGCCGACGAAUUCAAAUUCCGAAGACAAAAAUAAGCAUUACAGAGGUGUCCGACAGAGACCGUGGGGGAAGUUUGCAGCCGAGAUCCGCGAUCCGAACCGAAGAGGUUCACGGAUCUGGUUGGGAACCUUUGAUACCGCAAUAGAAGCCGCAAAGGCUUACGACCGAGCCGCUUUUAAGCUACGUGGCUCGAAAGCGAUUCUUAACUUCCCUCUCGAAGCCGGGAAGCUGGAUGUAACCGCCGUCGACGGAGAGAGGAAACGGAGCAGAGACGACGGCGCUGGGAAUGAGAAACAAGUUAAGGCCGUGAAGAGAGCAAAUGAUGACGUGACUAAAGCGAGAGAUAACGGCGAUGCGCCUUUAACGCCGUCAAAUUGGACAUCAUUUUUGGAUAACAUGCCAUUGUUAUCGCCGUUAUCUCCGCACCCGCCGUUAGGCUUUCAACAAGUUAAAGUCAUCUAAUGAUACUGUAUAUAAAUUCUUUUAUUUGUUUUUAGAAUUCUGGAAUUCUCUUCUUUCAAAAGAAAAAAAAAAUUGGGAUUCUCUAAA